GAGGAGUCUCCACGUGCGAUACUUCUAGAAGCUGCCAGACUUUCAGCUUCCACAGAUAAGAAGCGGCAGGUCUGAGACAGAGACAGUUUCAGACACAGACCAGACCUCAGAGGAAGAUCCAGAGAGAACGGAGGAAACUAACCCUCUUCACAGAACAUUCAACUCUAACUGUGACUAUCUUUAGUAAAAAUGUCUUCAGCCAAAGGUGUAGCGAUCGGCAUCGACCUGGGCACCACCUACUCCUGUGUGGGGGUUUUCCAGCAUGGAAAAGUAGAAAUCAUCGCCAACGACCAGGGCAACAGGACCACCCCCAGCUAUGUGGCGUUCACUGACACAGAGAGGCUCAUUGGGGAUGCAGCUAAGAACCAGGCGGCUCUGAACCCCAGUAACACCGUGUUUGAUGCCAAGAGACUGAUUGGAAGAAAGAUGGAUGAUCCAGUGGUGCAGGCUGACAUGAAGCACUGGCCCUUCAAUGUGAUCGGAGAUGGAGGAAAGCCCAAAAUCCAGGUGGAGUACAAAGGGGAGGACAAAGCCUUCUACCCUGAGGAGAUUUCCUCCAUGGUCCUGGUGAAGAUGAAGGAGAUCGCUGAGGCCUACCUCGGCCAAAAGGUGUCCAACGCAGUCAUCACAGUCCCCGCCUACUUCAACGACUCCCAGAGGCAGGCCACUAAAGACGCAGGCGUCAUCGCAGGACUGAAUGUCCUGAGGAUCAUCAACGAGCCCACGGCAGCCGCCAUCGCCUACGGUCUGGACAAAAGCAAGUCAGGAGAACGUAACGUCCUGAUCUUUGACCUGGGCGGAGGCACCUUCGACGUGUCCAUCCUGACCAUCGAAGACGGCAUCUUUGAGGUGAAAUCCACAGCUGGAGACACUCACCUGGGUGGAGAGGACUUUGACAACCGCAUGGUCAACCACUUUGUGGAGGAGUUCAAGAGGAAACACAAGAAGGACAUCAGCCAGAACAAGAGAGCCUUGAGGAGGCUGCGCACGGCCUGCGAGAGGGCCAAGAGAACCCUGUCGUCCAGCUCCCAGGCCAGCAUCGAGAUCGAUUCUCUGUUUGAGGGCACGGACUUCUACACCUCCGUCACCAGGGCUCGCUUUGAGGAGCUGUGCUCCGACCUGUUCAGGGGAACCUUAGAGCCGGUGGAGAAAGCUCUGAGAGACGCCAAAAUGGACAAGGCCCAGAUCCACGAAAUCGUCCUGGUGGGAGGCUCCACCCGAAUCCCCAAAGUCCAGAAACUGCUGCAGGAUUUCUUCAAUGGCAGAGAGCUGAACAAGAGCAUCAACCCAGACGAGGCGGUGGCGUACGGUGCUGCCGUCCAGGCCGCCAUCCUCACAGGUGAUACCUCUGGGAACGUUCAGGACGUGCUGCUGCUGGACGUAGCUCCUCUGUCUCUGGGUAUUGAGACAGCCGGAGGAGUCAUGACAGCCCUGAUCAAACGCAACACCACCAUCCCCACCAAACAAACCCAGGUGUUCAGCACCUACUCUGACAACCAGCCCGGGGUCCUCAUCCAGGUCUACGAAGGGGAAAGAGCCAUGACCAAGGACAACAACCUGUUGGGCAGGUUUGAGCUGACAGGACUCCCACCUGCUCCCCGAGGGGUCCCACAGAUCGAGGUCACCUUUGACGUGGACGCCAACGGCAUCUUGAACGUGUCCGCGGUGGACAAAAGCACCGGCAAAGAGAACAAGAUCACCAUCACCAACGAUAAGGGCCGACUGAGCAAAGAAGAGAUCGAGAGGAUGGUGCAGGAUGCAGACAAAUACAAAGCUGAGGACGACCAGCAGAGGGACAAGAUCUCUGCCAGGAACUCCCUGGAGUCGUACGCCUUCAACAUGAAGAGCAGUGUGCAGGAUGAGAACCUGAAGGGCAAGAUCAGUGAGGAGGACCAGAAGAAGGUGAUCCAGAAGUGUGAUGAGACCGUGGCCUGGCUGGAGAACAACCUGCUGGCUGAGAAAGAGGAGUACCAACACCAGCAGACAGAGCUGGAGAAAGUGUGCAACCCCAUCAUCAGCAAGCUGUAUCAGGGAGGAGCGCCUGCAGGCAGCUGCAGAGAGGAGGCAAGAGCCGGCUCCCAGGGGCCCACCAUUGAGGAGGUGGACUAAAGUGGGCCCUGAUGAGGACUCUGAUUUCUUUAACUGAUUAAUAUAUCAAAAUGUAAAUAUUUAAAAAUGGGUUAUUAAUCAGAACUGGGUUUCUGGAUGUAUGUUUACGGUUUCAUUGCUGGAAAGUGUAAUAAAGAUGAUUUAUAAAUACA